AAGAGGAGGUGGGAGUGGAAGAAGCUCCCGGGAGACUGAGGAAUGCGAUUCUGCCACCAUGAUGGAAGGACUGAAAAAACGUACAAGGAAGGCCUUUGGUAUACGCAAGAAAGAAAAGGACACUGAUUCCACGGGGUCACCGGACAGGGACGGCAUCCCUCUCAGCCCUCAUCUCAAUGAGCCACCUUGCCAUAGCAAAUGUGAGGGCACACGGGAGCAAGGAAAAAAUAACUCAAAGAAAACGAAUGGGGCCCCAAAUGGAUUUUAUGCAGAGAUCGACUGGGACAGAUAUAAUUCCCCAGAGCUUGAUGAGGAGGGCUACAGCAUCCGACCCGAGGAGCCAGGCUCCACCAAAGGGAAGCACUUCUACUCCUCCAGUGAGUCUGAGGAGGAGGAGGAGGCCCACAAGAAGUACAAUAUCAAGAUCAAACCACUGCAGGCUAAGGAUAUCCUGAAGAGCGCAGCUACGGUGGAUGAGCUGAAGGCAUCUGUAGGCAACAUUGCACUUUCUCCAUCCCCUGUGAGGAAAAGUCCGCGGCGCAGCCCGGGGAUGAUUAAGAGGAAUUUAUCCAGUGAGGAGAUUGCACGGCCCCGGCGCUCCACACCCACGCCGGAGCCCAGCAGCAGGAAGCCCCUGGAGGACCCAGCCACACUGGCACCGCUCUUUGGGCCCCCGCUGGAGUCAGCAUUUGAGGAGCAGAAGCUGGACGCUCCUCUGGACCAGCCUGAGAUCUGGGGCUCCUUCCAGCCCAACAGCACUGAGUCCCCAAAGCUGCAGAGACCUUUUCCAAUUGGAACUCCGCCACCACUGCCUCCCAAGAACGUCCCGGCCACGCCGCCCCGCACUGCAUCACCCCUGACAGUGGCACCAGGAGGUGACCAGCCAGCCACGGAGGCCAAAAGUGACAAACCACCAUCAAUCAAUGACUUGGACAGCAUUUUUGGCCCCGUGCUAUCCCCCAAGUCUGUGGCUGCUCACACGGAAAACAAGUGGGUCAAUUUUUCCGAUCCAUCCCCGGAAAACACGACGGCAGUGCCGAGGCCCCGGGAGCCAGCAGCAUCCCCCCCGGUGGCAAUGGGCAGCCCGGGGGCUGAGCCGCCCCGUGCCCUGCCCUCCCCGCUGCGCCUGGACGAGCUGCAGAAGAAGGCUUUGGAGCAGCCCUACGCAAAAGAGGAGAACAUGGAGCCAGCGGUCGCCUCACCCAAGGAAUUUGGGCCGGGACAAAGAGCCACCCCACCGCCCCCUCCGCCGCCCACCUACCGUACAGUCGUGUCAUCCCCCGGGCCGGGUGCCAGCAGCGGAGCAGGAAGCCCCAGCGGCUCCUCGUCCCCAGCUCGCCCUGGCACACCACUGGCCGCCUGCAGCACCCCACCACCCCCACCACCACGGCCCCCAUCCCGACCCAAGCUGCCCCCUGGCAAGCCCUCCGUCGCAGACCUGUCCAGGCCUUUUAGCCCUCCUAUUCACUCAUCCAGUCCUCCUCCGAUAGCACCUUUAGCCCGUGCUGAAAGUACUUCUUCCAUAUCUUCCACCAAUUCCCUGAGCGCAGCCACCACUCCCACAGUUGAGAAUGAACAGCCUUCCCUCGUUUGGUUUGACAGAGGAAAGUUUUAUUUGACUUUCGAAGGGUCAUCACGGGGCCCCAGCCCGCUCACCAUGGGGGCACAGGACACCCUGCCCGUCGCUGCCGCCUUCACUGAGACCGUCAAUGCUUACUUCAAGGGAGCUGACCCCAGCAAGUGCAUCGUGAAGAUCACGGGGGAGAUGGUGCUGUCCUUCCCGGCAGGCAUCACCCGACACUUUGCCAACAACCCCUCUCCGGCAGUGCUCACCUUCCGUGUGCUCAACUACAACCGGCUGGAGCACGUCCUGCCAAACCCCCAGCUCCUCUGCUGUGACAGCACGCAGAGCGAUGCCAGCACGAAGGAGUUCUGGGUCAACAUGCCAAACCUGAUGACGCACCUCAAGAAGGUAUCGGAGCAGAAACCACAAGCAACCUAUUACAAUGUGGAUAUGCUCAAGUACCAGGUAUCUGCCCAGGGUAUUCAGUCUACUCCAUUAAACCUUGCAGUGAGCUGGCGGUGUGAACCUGCAAGCACUGACCUCCGCAUCGACUACAAAUACAAUACAGAGGCAAUGACCACACCGGUAGCUCUAAACAACGUCCAGUUCCUCGUCCCCGUUGAUGGAGGAGUAACCAAGCUGCAGGCUGUGCUCCCACCCGCUGUCUGGAACGCAGAGCAGCAGAGGAUAUUGUGGAAGAUCCCUGAUAUCUCUCAGAAGUCGGAGAAUGGAGGCGUGGGCUCACUGCUAGCCCGCUUCCAGCUGGCGGAGGGGCCCAGCUCCCCAGCCCCCCUGGCCGUGCAGUUCACCAGCGAGGGCAGCACGCUCUCCAGCUGUGACAUCGAGCUCGUCGGUGCCGGCUACCGCUUCUCGCUCAUCAAGAAGAGGUUCGCGGCAGGUAAAUACUUGGCCGAUAACUGAAGGAAACGCAUGGAAAAUAACCAAGGACUACUGUGAGCGGAACGGGUUUUAAUUACAGCUUAAGGAAAACGAACUAAAUCCUGCACUUGGGACAUUUCUGUUGGAAGUGUCGAUGACUUUCAGAUUUUUUCCUCAGAAAACACUGUCUUGACCAGUCCUACAGUAUUUACUUCUAGAUGUAACAUUGUUAAUGGUUUUAAAAUGUAAUUAUUGUAUUUGUAAAUUGUACUCAUUCCAGUAAGGCCAUAUUUUGGAAGUUAGACACUUGAGUUUUAGCC